AAUUUAAAUAAAAUUUAUAUUCAAUUUAUAUCAAAGUUUAAUCUUUCGAUCUUAAUAAUUUUAAAUAUGGAAAAUUUGGAUAAUAAUGCUGAUAGAGUGGCUAGUGCGGUUCCUCAAGUACGUUCUUCACCGCGGAAGCGGCGAGUUCGGUCGAGGAGUUCUAGCAGCUCGAGUUCAAGUUGUUCAAGUUUUGAAAGCAGUUCCUCGACUAGCGGAGGCAGCCCAAAGAUAAGUCGCCGCAACAAGAAAAGGGGGGGCAAGCGUAAGCGGCUCUCCGAACGUAAAUUUCGGAAACUCACUAAAGAAGUACGAAACCUUCAUCGGCGAAUCGCUAGCCAGGAUAGCAGUCAACGCGUGAGUACUAAUUUGGAUUAUGAUGCCAUCUCUCUAAUGUCUAAUAUUAACGAAAAUAGUUACGAACAAAUGCUUGAUGUUGAACCUAGUAGUUUCAGUGCAAGUGGUGAUCAAGAAUUCACCUUAUCUCUCGAAACUAAGCUAAAAGAGCCUUCUAUGCCAAAGGCUCCAGAAAAUUAUAUAAAAUUGUUAUGUGAUUAUCAGCAUUUAGGUAAAAGUGACUGGAAUGAAAUCAGGUAUUCAGAAAUCCAAAAAUUAUAUAAUUAUUCACCGGGUUACACAGAUAUUGAAACGAAUGAAGAAGUUAAAGCAUUUGAGUCUCCUCGUCAUCUCGUGCAUGCUGAUAAGGCUUUCGCAGCCUUGACCAUGUGUGUGCUCAAACAAAGGGACGCUUUGCAAGGAACCCUUCAAGAACUCUUACAAUGGGCAAGAAAUAGUGUAACGCUUAGUUAUGACACUUUACUUCAAAAAGUUAGUGACCUUUUUUCCACAGGAGAUUAUAGUAGACGUUCCUCAGACUUACUACAGAUCAUUUGUGGGCAUCGUGCUGAGAUCCUUCAAAUGCGACGAGAUUGUGUCACUAAACAGGCAAAGGACCCGUUGAUGAAGGCCAGUUUAAAGAAAAUUCCUCCAACGUGUACCAAUUUGUUCAACGCAGAGAAGUUCACUGCUGCUAUUGAAAAAUCUGGCGCAGUAAGAAAAUAUUUUUGGCCGUCGCAAAAAGGUAACACGUCUUCUGCCUCGCAGGCGGAUCCAAAUAAGUUUCGUGGCCCCUCGCAGGGGUCCAAGCCUUAG